AAUCUAAAUCCGCCCCUUCGCGACGGAUCGCCACCCAGCGCUACCACCAAAGGCGACUGUCUCUUGUGUUCUCCGCCACUGCAAAACCCUAAUUCUAUGCAAUAUCGGAAGCCCUAGAUUUGGGCACAAUGAAGAGCGCCUCGAGACGGUUCUUGGUCUGUUUCCGGCAGGUGGAACUCGAGUCCGGCGAUUUAGACGGCGGCGACGGCGUCUUUGAGUAUGCCCAAGUGAAGAGCAAGGAGGAGGCGGAGGAGGAGGCUUUGGGUGGUCCGCCGAAGCGAAGCUCUCGGCGGUUCUCGAAGGCUCUGAAGUCCGCGCUGUUCGAGAAUUCCCUGAGUAAGAGCUUCCGAUCCGGGUCAUCUAGGAUCAGUGUCGUAACCGCGGUAACCGCCGAAAAGGCACUGAACCAGUCUGAAACCAUCAACCCCAAUUCACGACUUUCCUCCGGUUCGUUCUCGUCCUCCAGCCGGAACCCAACCGGUGCAACUCCGAAGCCGCCGCCUGCGAUGGAGGUGAACCGUGACGAGACCAUGACCAACGCGUCGUGCUUCAACUCUGGACUCUGUAUGUUUCUCGUAAGCCUGGUGCUCACCGUCUUCUGGGGUCGGCUCUUUGCGAUAGCCUUCACGCUGAUUUGGCUCUGCAGUUUCUCUCGCCGGAGCAGCCGCCUCCUGCCACCGAAGACGGCGUCGAAGCGACAGGAGAGGGUAGAGUCGUGGGACUACAAGAAGAGAGUCAUAAUGGAAGGGCUGCUGCAGAGGAAUCAUCAUCACAGAUUGCAUUAAAUUUUGACGUAGAAAUUCUCCCUUAUUUUCUCCUCUCUAAGCUCUGCCUUUCAUUUCCUUUCCCUCUUUCUUUCUAUCCAAGGCACAGAGAAAAAAAAUGCACAAUUGGUGCAUUUUUGGUAGAAAGUAUCUGAAAAUUUUUCAAGAAAUGCAAGUAUGAAUAUACAUAUAAAUACAUGUGUA